AUGAAAGGUAAUUGUUAUGCUGAUGUAAGGGUAAAGUGUAGAAAGUUGGUGUUAUGCUUAUCAGCACCUAAUACGCCCCAGUGUGUCCAAGUUCACGAAGCUCUGAAAACACUUGAUGAAGAUUCAGCAAACGCAGAAAUUACAUUUGUAAAUGUGGAUGCAGAAGCCGUUUCUGAAGUUGCGAAACAACUGAAAGUCAAUUCUGUUCCCACGGUUUUGUUUUUCCUGGCAGGUAAAGAAGUGAACCGCGUUUGUGGCGUAACUAUUCCUGAUAUUACAAAAUCUGUAAUCCAUUUAAGAUCAGCUUCAGUUAAUGGUUCCUCCAUCGACCUGUCAUCUCGCCUUCAAUCCUUGAUUAACAAAGCACCUGUUAUGCUUUUUAUGAAAGGCAAUCCUGAUCAACCUCGAUGUGGCUUUAGUCGUCAAAUUGUCGAGAUUUUGCGUUCAAACAAUGCAAAAUUUGAUACAUUUGAUAUCUUACUAGAUGAACAAGUUCGACAAGGUUUAAAAGCCUUCUCAAACUGGCCAACAUAUCCCCAGUUGUAUGUGAAAGGUGAAUUAGUUGGUGGGUUAGAUAUCGUGCGAGAGUUAGCUGAAUCUGGAGAAUUAGCGUCGAUGCUUAAAGACCAGUGA